AUGGCUAGACUGAACGAACCCCCCGUGUCUACGGACAGUCUCGAAACGCUUCGAAAGAAGCUUCUACGUCAGAACCGCGACCUUGCCAAAUCAAACAACAUACGUGCGCUCCGUAUUCGAGAGCUUGAGAAUGAUUGCGCUUGCAUGUUGUCCGAGAACCUCGAACUGCGCGGCCGAAUCAUAGAGCUCGAAAAGGAGCUUGAAGACAAUGACACGAGACGAAUUGCCGACCAUGCCCUUGCAAUCAAGGCCAAACUGGAGUCACAGCUUACAGAAUGGGGUACCCUUCUCGCCGGUCUUGGUCUGGAACCCCCCAUGAAGCGACACUCGCCGCGACCAAGAAAAUCAACAAAGCCCAGGCUGAGCUUCAGUUCUGCUCGACCAAGCCCCUCGCAACGGCGUUUGCGUGAUAUUGCCCGCGAGAUUGAGGAACUAGGACAUAUUUCGGAGACCAAGUCUUAUCCGAGACAGUCCAUGAAUCCCCAGCAAAUACUGGCACUUCGUUCAGAGGCUAGCAAUGAUGAUGUUCAUGAUACAUCUCAGUCACCCGAGCUUGGCCCUCCUCCCGUAUCACAUUUUAUCGAGGAGGAAGAAGAAGAUCCAGUCAAGAUUGAUUCACCUACCCGUUCACGUCCUACACAAAUACCAACACCCACAGUACAAGAAAGCCCAAAAUCGAGACUUGCGCCACCCGAAACUUUCACAUCGCCACAAGCGAACAAGACCUUACCUAGACCUUCGCCGGAAAAGAAGAAAAAGGAGGAAAUCACGAAGCCGAAAGAAACGACACCAAUCGAGACGAAACCCCUAGCGACCAGAUCAAUUGAGACCAACACUCAGCACCUAGUCAUUGAAACUCCAGUACCUCAAGCGCAGCCGGUCAAGAUAGGAUCAAAGAGAAAGCUUGCUGCUAGAGAUGAUAUGGUCACCAGCAGGCCAUCAAGGACAAACAAUGAAAACGAGAACUCCCAAGCCGCCAUCGAAAAAUCUGCCAGUGGUGAGAAGGCUGGAGGGCGAGUAGUAAAGGAGCUUACUGGUGUCCGAAAGGAUGUUCGUGACAAGGCCAAUGCAACAGGUGCAAGGAAGCCUCUCGCAGCCAAGAGCACAAACGGCGAUAUGACUUCACCAAAGAAGAUUUCCAAACCGAUUGCCAUAGAUGAGGUCACUGCGGCCAAAGCAGAUCUUGUGAGAUCCAAGGCUUCUCAGGAUCGGCCAAAGUCUAAGUCCAGGUCUUUGGCCCCAAUCACUAUCGAAACUGUCCUCGCUCCCCAGCCAUCUGCUCCAGAGGUCGUGGAGAUGCCACCUAACCUGGGAACCCCACUCACCGAUUCAGCUCUCCUGUUACCGAACUCGCCAGAUUCUGCCGCUCCGGUAGAUACAGGACGAGGGGGUACCCCUCCCCCUGGCGACGUCAACGCAAGCCGAGAGCCCCCGAGACCCAGUCGACGAAAUAGGACCGCAGUCAGCUAUGCAGAGCCCAACCUCAGAGAUAAGAUGCGAAGACCCACUAAGGAUAUGCUUGAUGCUGUUGCAGGCGAAGGCAAAUACGCCCGACGCUCCAGCGUUGCUGAGCAAGCACCAGAUACAGCCAGAGUGAAGCGUGAGAGCGGUGCUGAAGACUUGUGGAAGAAGUUGCCCAGUGCCGACGGAACAAACGCAGAGCAUGAGCCUGGCAGUAUUCCCGCCAGCCCACUGGCCGGAAAGGGAUCACCUGCUGAUAACUCUAAAACAUUGAGCAUCCGAAGCGGCAGACGCACGUCUAUGAUGAUACACGAUAUCGUUACCAGCAGUGAAACAUCGCACGAGUAUGGAGAGAUCAAGGACGAGUCGGCAUCUGACACCACUGGACUGAGCGAAGUUGAUGUUUACGAAUUUACGCCCUCAUCGCCACAAACUGAAGAUCAGACUGCUGCUGAAAUCAAGAAGAAGACCGCCAACCGCCGACCAUCACGGCGUGUGUCAUCUGCUGUCCACAGCGAGGAAGAUCCGGGGGUUAGGGAACGUGCCUCAUCAAGGCGGAGGAGUAUGAUGUUGUAA